UCAGGGCGGUAACAUCGUGUGUUCUGUCUGUGGUGCCCGCCGGUCGGUGCGUCGGACUCUGCUGCCUGUGCCACACAGUGUAUGCUGGGCUCCUCCCGGUCUGCGUAUGCGAGUGGGAUCCGCAUGCGGCGACUUGAGCUAGUCGUGGAAUGACAUAUGAAGAUGCUGGAGGCGGAGUACGACUGCGCGUGCCCCGGCCCGCCCCCGCAGUUCCAGCUGCCGCCCCCGCCGCUGCCGCCGCUGCUGCUGCAGGAGGCGGGCUGCAGCGCCGACCACGCGCUCUACUCCUGCGACGUCCUGCCGGUGCUGGACGCCGAGCUGCACAGCGGUCCCGGGAUCCCGCCGACGGCGAUGAUCGCGCUGUGCUCGGCUCUGCUGCUGGCAACGGUGCUCGCCGCCUCCGUCCUACUCUGCAGGUACCGCCGCAAGGUGCCGAACCUAGUGACGUCGUGCAAAGCGUCUCCGCAGAACAGGGUGUGCGACGUGUCGGCUGCCAACGAUGUCAUCUACGAAGACCUCACCAACAUCCGACCCAGGCCCUGCACGCAGCCCCUCCAGAUGCGGGACCUCAAGGAGAUGGUGGUGCACCCGGUGCAGUACCCAACCGGCAGCCAAGGUUGCGGAUCCUCCGUGUUCGUCUGCCCUGACCGCUAUAGCAGUGAGGGCGCCUGUACGCCCGUCUACCAGGAAAUAGGCCAAGGCCGCUGCGAGUCGGACCCGGACAGCGAGGCGGCCGCCGCCGCGGGGGCGGGCUCCGAGGACGACUUCGCGGAGGACGAGCUGAGUCUGGAGGACACGAACCCUCCGCGCCACCACCUGUCGCUGACGAUGCCGCACGGGGUGCCCGUACCGGUGCCGCCCACCGCCGCCGCCCCGCCGCCCUGGCUCGGAUCGCUGCUCAGGUACCACGCAGGCCCGCCCCCCACGGCGCCGCCGCCUGCCGUGCCGCCGGUGGCGCCGUACGAGACGGUGCCGGUGCCCGGCUUCUGCAGCUUCCGGCCGGCGCCCGCCAAGGCGCUCACCAGCCACGACUCGGACUCGGGCUACAGCCACAACACGUCGGGCGGUCGCCGGGACGCGCACUCCGGCGUCUCCUAGCGACCGCGCUGAGGCGUGCAGCGCUCUCUUAGCAACCGCGCUGCCGUCUCCUAGCUACAC